CGUCGCUUUCCCCAAGAAAUAUCAAACAAUACAGCCAACUAUUUCACGCCACGUGUUCCCUCUCACUCCUUUUAACAAGCUCGUAACAGUUUUCAUUCACUUGUCCCAAAGUCUCUCCUUCCUUAUCUCUAGGAAGCAAAACAAAAAUGGAUCGUGUGAUCUUCUUCCUCCUCAUCGCGGCGGCUUUGAUGGUCGCCAUCACCGGCGAGAUAGACGAAAGUUUCGAUAACCCGAUCAGGCAAGUCGUCCCGGAGGAGAACGUUGAACAACUCCUCAACGCAGAACAACACUUCUCUCUAUUCAAAUCCAAGUAUGAGAAGACUUACGCGACCCAGGAGGAGCACGAUCACCGGUUCCGUGUCUUCAAGGCUAAUCUAAGGCGAGCAAGGCGUCACCAGGCUCUGGAUCCGUCUGCCGUCCACGGCGUCACGCAGUUCUCAGAUCUUACUCCCAAGGAAUUCCGCCGCAAGUAUCUAGGGCUGAAACGGCGGUUCCGUCUUCCCAGUGACACUCAGAAGGCGCCGAUCCUUCCGACUAGCGACCUCCCGACGGAAUUCGAUUGGCGUGAACAAGGUGCCGUCACUCCAGUUAAAAACCAGGGUAUGUGCGGUUCAUGCUGGUCGUUUAGCGCCACAGGAGCUCUUGAAGGAGCUCAUUUUCUGGCGACUAAAGAGCUUGUCAGCCUCAGCGAGCAGCAGCUUAUAGAUUGCGACCAUGAGUGUGAUCCACAAGAAGCCAAUUCAUGUGACUCUGGUUGCAGCGGAGGGCUAAUGAACAACGCUUUUGAGUACACUCUAAAAUCUGGUGGCCUUAUGAAGGAAGAAGACUAUCCUUAUACAGGACGUGACCAUUCCACCUGCAAUUUCGACAAGACCAGGAUCGCUGCAAGCGUGUCUAAUUUCAGCGUUGUCUCUGCGGAUGAAGACCAAAUCGCUGCAAAUCUAGUCCAGCGCGGCCCUCUAGCUAUUGCUAUCAAUGCACUGUGGAUGCAAACUUACAUAGGAGGAGUCUCGUGUCCGUAUGUAUGUUCGAAGAGCCAAGACCAUGGAGUGCUCUUGGUUGGGUUUGGUUCAUCGGGCUAUGCACCAAUUCGUCUUAAGGAGAAGCCUUAUUGGAUCAUAAAGAACUCAUGGGGAUCGAUGUGGGGCGAGCAUGGUUACUACAAAAUCUGCAGGGGACGUCAUAAUAUAUGUGGUAUGGACACAAUGGUAUCGACUGUUGCUGCUGUUGAGACCUCAACUCAGUCGACAUAUUAGGAUCGUACUGGGUUUUACUUUGUAUAUAUAUGUAUAUGUAUGGAUGUAUAACCAUACUAUGGACUGUUAUUUAUUAGUAGUGUGUCUCUUUGUUUCAGCUUUAAUGUAAGAUAGCAUCGAAUACUGAAAGAUGAUAUGAUUAUCAACUUACUAAAAAGUUGGAAUAAUAGAAGUUUGAUGUAUGUUUUAUAUUAUGUUUGAAGCUCGUGAGUCGUAAGGAAUAGCUCUAACUUUAUUUGUUUUAUGUUUUUUGCAAAAUCAUUAUUUGUAAUAUAAAAGUUGGAUUCGGUCUCACGAGAAUCUCACGUGAAUAAACUUACAUUAAUAUCAUUAUUACAUUAAUAUCAUAGAGUUUGAGAUCCAAUUCUCAUAUUUUACCCUAGAACUAUUACUCUCUCUCGUGUUCUACUUC